AUGCACGCAUGCGCAUACGCCGAAACCAGCAGCUGAACCGUGUGUCAAAACAGAGAGGGAAAUCGGCAGCAGGCAGCAAAUCUGGGCUAGCUUUAAAUUUUGUGGGAGGAUUCAGAAAACCCGAUUUUUCAAUAACGUACACAUACCAUGACCGAACAAUCAGCGUUGCUUCUUCGAAAACAGCUUGCAGAGCUCAACAAGAACCCUGUGGAGGGUUUUUCGGCAGGUCUAAUAGAUGAUGACGACAUAUAUAAAUGGGAAGUUGUGAUCAUUGGUCCCCAAGAUACCCUUUUUGAAGGAGGAUUUUUCAAAGCGUAUCUAACCUUCCCGUAUGAUUAUCCUCUUCGACCUCCAAAGAUGAAGUUCAUAACUGAAAUCUGGCACCCAAACGUUGCAAAAAAUGGGGAUGUGUGCAUCUCCAUCCUGCAUGAGCCCGGAGAGGAUAAGUUUGGCUACGAGAAGCCCGAAGAGCGCUGGCUGCCCAUCCAUACGGUUGAGACAAUCAUGAUUAGCGUUAUCUCCAUGUUGGCGGACCCCAACAGCGAUUCACCAGCUAAUGUAGAUGCCGCGAAAGAGUGGCGGGAGGACCCAAAUGGUGAAUUCAAGAGAAAAGUGGCUCGUUGUGUAAGAAAAAGUCAAGAGAUGGCCUUUGACUAGAAGAUGUGAAUUCCAGGUUGAAGGAAACGCCUCUUGAGGGAAACGGUCCGACUUCUGUGGCCCUUAUUUCGCAAGACAAAAGGAAUUGGUUGGCCUUCAACCUGGUUUCAAGAAGCGGUUGUGGUUUGUGACAAGACGAGCAAAUUUGAGAAACACUACCAGCGAAAUUCACUUACUUCCUACCUGGAAUUGUAUAUUUAAUUUUAUUUAUUUUGGAAAACUAAUGAUGUAAAAUAUGUCACUACUGUAAAUUAACUUGCUUUUUUUAUCUGCUGCUGAACAGUUUCUACUUUAUACUACCAGGUUUCUUAUGCAAUUUAAUGGUCAAGAUGGAGUCGAACAAACGAAAGCCUGUUACCUUUACGUCACCGCCUGCCCUCUCAACGACAUUCUGUACAUGCCAGCCCUGCAUAAUCGUCGUUCAUCGAUGUGAGUGUGGAUUUUCAAGACUCACCGUUGCCUUUUAUUGGCUUUACUCCUUCACUCUGCUUCCUGUUCAGAAAGAGAGGACAUUUUUUGUGGCACUUACUUUGUUUUGUUUUGGGUCCCCCACACCCCCACCUGCUAGCAUUAUCUAUCUAUGCGAGGGUCUAGCGAUGAUUCAAGCGUGCAUGAUCCCUUCAAACUCUUGCGUCUCGUUGCUAUUUGUCAUUGUGAACGGAACGGCUCACUCUGCUUUGAGAGCCACUGUCUCGUAUAUUGACUUGCACACACAUGGCUAACAUUAAACACUCGGUUUGUGCCAACUUCUCAGGAUUCAAUUCUAAUGUUGCAAUUAACACUCGAUGGGAUAGACUUUUAAUAUUCCUCAUGGUCUUUCUCGCUCAAUGAUGAUUUAUUUCAACUACCGCAACCAAAAAGGAUCCGUGGGCGGGGUGAAAAAAAAAUUGUACAAGCUGUGAUUAUUCUGGCUGUGUAGUGUGUACUGCUGUGGCAUCUGAAUUUACCUCAAUCUGGUUGUUCGGUUCUCAAAGCGGAGAUGUUUCAGGGCUCCGUUGUUGAAUUGGAUUAGCUGUUAGUAUGUUGUUGCACAUUGGGCUUUCUCUGUGGGUAAUACGUUUCACAUUUGUUUGGGUUUAGAUGCUGAGGACUGUAGGUAGAUUGGGAGGUAAAACUUUCACCUUCAAUUUUUCCCGAUGCACAUUUUGACAACAUGUAUCACGUUAAGGUCAGGAUUUGGUUUUUUAUUCUUUUUAUGCAUGAAGUUGACACAAACACCAUUUGUCAUCGGAGAAAGACACAAUCCUGCAUAAGAGGUUUAGAGUACACUGGUCAAAAAACGGCCCUUUCCACCUCAAUAAAUAAUGGACUUGCCCAUGACUAAGCCAUGGCAUCAAAACCAAUACACUGAUUUUUGGCACAUGCAAUCAGGGUUGAAUGAGUUGAAUAUGUGAAGGACAUCAUUUACAAUGUACAUUCUGGGUGAAUGUGAUAUAUAUGCUUUGACUUGAUGAUCAUGUCUGAAUUUUCUCACCUACCAUGACCUCCUCGGACCGGUGUUCACUGUAUUUGCACAGAUUUGGUGCAUAUUUCAAACAUCAUCAAGCAAUAUGCUCUGAAAUUGGUGUCCAGGUAAUCCACCCUCUAAGGUUGCUACUUGUUUUGUUUUCCAUUUUGUGUUAUUGCAAUGUAUAUUGGACGUGAUGCUGAAUAAAGUGUGUAAAAUGAG